AAGUCUCGCGAGAACAGUCGAGUUCCUUGUAUGCGCCAUUGACAGCGCAGAGUAGCGCCGCGCGGGUAACGACGGAGAAGUAACAGUGACAGUAACCGACCAUUUGCUGGUUAUUACCCCCGAGCCGCUGUGUUUCCAGAGCAGCAGCAGUAUGGCAGACGACCUAGACAUCGAGGCGAUGCUGGAGGCUCCAUACAGGAAGGAGGACACCAAGGCCCCGAGCCUCGACGGACAGGAGGAGCGCAGCAAGAGAAAGAAGCGAAGUCGCAGCCGCAGCCGCGACAGGAAGCACAGCAAGAGCCGCGACAGGAAGAGGAGCCGCAGCCGAGAGCGUAAACGCAGCCGUAGCCGAGACAGACGGAGGAGUCGCAGCCACAGCCGAGAGCGCCGCCACAGCCGCAGUCGAGAGAGGGGGGGGCGCUACAGAGACCACCACAAACACCGGCGGCGGUCCAGGAAUGAGGAGUUCUUCUCUGCUGUGGGGAAGGUGCGGGACGUGAGGAUGAUCUCUGACAGGAACUCCCGCAGGUCAAAGGGCAUAGCCUACAUUGAGUUUGUGGAGGCGAACUCAGUUCCUCUGGCCAUCGGACUGACAGGGCAAAGGCUGCUGGGAGUUCCCAUCAUCGUACAGGCCUCACAGGCAGAGAAGAACCGAGCAGCAGCUGCAGCCAACAACCUGCAGAAAGGAACGUCAGGACCAAUGAGACUGUACGUCGGCUCUCUGCACUUCAACAUCACAGAGGAGAUGCUGAGAGGAAUCUUUGAGCCAUUUGGACGGAUCGAGAGCAUCCAGCUGAUGAUGGACAGUGAGACUGGACGAUCUAAAGGCUACGGUUUCAUCACUUUUGCAGAUGCAGAGUGUGCUAAGAAAGCUCUGGAGCAGCUGAACGGCUUUGAGCUGGCCGGUCGGCCCAUGAAGGUUGGUCACGUGACGGAGCGGACCGAUGCCUCCACCGCCUCUUCUUUCCUCGACAGCGACGAGCUCGAACGCACCGGCAUUGACCUGGGAACCACCGGGAGACUGCAGCUCAUGGCCCGACUCGCUGAGGGUACAGGUCUACAGAUCCCUCCUGCUGCUCAGCAGGCUCUGCAGAUGAGCGGAGCCAUCGCUAUCGGAGCCAUGGCUGCCGUGUCAGCUGCUAUGAAUCCAGCUCUCAACAUCAACAUGAACUCUGCUGCUCUAAAUCUUCCCUCUCAGCCUCUCGCUACACACUGCUUCCAGCUGUCCAACAUGUUCAACCCCAACAGUGAGGAGACUCCUGGUUGGGAAGUUGACAUUCAGCAUGAUGUCAUAGAGGAGUGUAACAAGCAUGGAGGAGUCGUUCACAUCUACGUUGACAAAAACUCUCCUGAGGGAAACGUCUAUGUCAAGUGUCCGUCGAUCCCGGCUGCCAUGGCCGCCGUUAACGCCCUCCACGGAAGAUACUUUGCUGGUAAGAUGAUCACAGCGGCGUACGUCCCUCUGCCCACCUACCACAACCUGUUUCCUGAGUCCGUCACCACCACACAGCUGCUGGCCCCGCCCCCACGACGGUGACUCACCAAUGACACUGCCCUCUGAUUGGACACUGAACAUUAGAGCCCGCCCCUCUUUGGUAUCCUCCUCUCAUAUUGGUCGAACAGACAAUUCAGGUCUGGAAAUGCUGUUAGUUUUUGUUUUUUCUGCCCCGCCCCCUCUGAGUAUCGUCCAAUGAUUGAGCUCUGUGAGCUGUGAGGAGGCGGGCUGAUGAAGAUGAAGGUGGUGUUAGCUGAUUGGUUGAUUUGAAGCUGUUUGGUAUUUAAUGUUUUUCUAAUUGAGAUUUGAUUUUGUAAAAAAGUUGAUUAAAUUUUAUUUUGAAAUCA